GUUGGACUUAUUUCCAUGCCUGGAAUGCAGUUGCUUCGAGGACUUAAGUAUCUCCACUCAGCAAACAUUCUUCACCGGGACCUGAAGCCUGGAAACCUCCUUGUGAAUGCGAACUGUGAACUUAAGAUCUGUGAUUUUGGACUGGCACGCAUCAGCUGCAGCAAGGGCCAGUUCAUGACUGAGUAUGUUGUCACCCGUUGGUAUAGAGCCCCUGAGCUUCUCCUCUGCUGCGACAAUUAUGGGACCUCUAUUGAUGUCUGGUCGGUGGGAUGUAUUUUUGCUGAGCUUCUCGGCCGAAAACCUGUCUUUCCUGGUACUGAGUGCCUCAAUCAGCUCAAACUGAUCGUCAAUGUUCUUGGAAGCCAGAGUGAAGUAGAUCUUGAGUUCAUUGACAACUCGAAGGCUAGGAAGUACAUCAAGACGCUCCCAUUUUCCCCUGGGACCCCCUUUUCCCAGUUAUAUCCCAAUGCAAAUCCUUUGGCAAUUGACCUAUUGCAGAGAAUGCUAGUCUUUGAUCCUUCUAAGAGAAUUAGUGUCACUGAAGCUCUCCAACAUCCUUACUUGUCCCCCCUGUAUGACCCAAAAUGCAACCCUCCUGCCCAGGUCCCAAUCGACCUUGACAUAGAUGAAGACUUGAGUGAGGAAAUGAUAAGGGAGAUGAUGUGGAAAGAAAUGCUUCACUACCAUCCUGAAGCAGCUUCAUCCAAUGCCUAGGAACCCACCAUUCUGUGGAAAGGUCUGAGAAGCAACUUCUUUCUUCUUCCAUUUUAUUUUCUUGAAGAUGCAUGCAUUAGAGGUUUGCACUGUUACUGCAUGAGAUUAGUAAGAGUUCAGUUAAUUUUAAGAAUUGUUUCAGUUCAAGCUGCUCUGUAUGGUGGGUGGCCUCUUUUAAGUUGUACAUUAAGUGUGCUGUUGUACGAGUUAUGGAUACUUUGGUCUCUUUGUACAUUCACGCUGAUAUAUCUGUAUUCCGAUGGUAAAAAGUUAUGAAGUCUACCUGUGUCUUGUGGAA